ACGAACGAACGCUGCCUGAAUUGAUUUAGUCCGAGUUCAGAUUUAGCACGUAAUCAUGUUCAAUUUGCUUUACUGCACUGCCUAGAGAUAAAAGGCUGUGUGUGUGUGUGUGUGUGUGUGUGUGUGUGUGUGUGUGUGUGUGUGUGUGUUGGAGGGGGGAGCAGCUUCGGCUUGUGUCGGCCUCUGUGAUGAUGAUGUCAUUGGCAUGAGAGAGAGAGCCGGGGCCCUUCUUUACUCUGCUGUGCUGCCUCAGAGGCUGCUUGCAUCGGGAGCAGGCUCCAGGUGCCUGAGUCUCCAACCAGCACCGCUCAGCACCCCACCCCACCCCCCAGGAGCAGGGCAGCACCAGGACAGUAUCCAUCCAGAGGAGUCCCGCAUCACUCCCAACUCUGAGGCUGCCUAACUCUUCACUGAGAAUUCCGAAGAGGGGAAUGCCAGCCCCUAGCAUGGACUGUGAUGUUUCCACUCUGGUCGCCUGUGUGGUGGAUGUGGAGGUCUUUACCAAUCAGGAGGUUAAGGAAAAGUUCGAGGGACUGUUCCGGACCUAUGAUGAAUGUGUGACGUUCCAGCUGUUUAAGAGUUUCCGACGGGUUCGAAUAAAUUUCAGCCACCCCAAAUCUGCAGCCCGUGCCCGGAUAGAGCUUCAUGAGACCCAGUUCAGAGGGAAGAAGCUAAAACUCUACUUUGCACAGGUCCAGACCCCAGAGACAGAUGGAGACAAACUGCAUUUGGCACCCCCACAGCCUGCCAAACAGUUCCUCAUCUCACCCCCUUCAUCUCCUCCUGUUGGCUGGAAACCUAUCAGCGAUGCCACACCUGUCCUCAACUAUGACCUCCUGUAUGCCGUGGCCAAACUAGGACCAGGAGAGAAGUAUGAGCUACAUGCGGGAACUGAGUCCACACCGAGCGUCGUCGUGCACGUGUGUGACAGCGACAUGGAGGAGGAGGAGGAUCCAAAGACUUCCCCAAAGCCAAAAAUCAUCCAGACCCGGCGUCCCGGCCUGCCGCCCUCCGUGUCCAACUGAGCAUGUCCAUGAUAACAUGCAUCUCCUCUUAUCAUGCUUUCCCCCCUUGUUGUUUGUUCAAAAAAUUAAUUGCCUUUAAGUCCCUGGGUGUUUGGUUGUUUGCGAGUCCUUCCUUGUAAUUAAGUCUCCCGGACAAAAGGGCUAGGGAAAGGUGAUGUGUCUGCCAGUCAACUCCUACCCAUUAACUACAACCCAUCACUUAGAAAGCUCUAGAUAAAGGGUAGUAUUUUCUUAUUAAACAAUCAGUACCACCUAUAUCUCUGUUUUCUCAUGUUGAUCCAAGCCAGAGACAUCAGUAAUGAAUAGCCUUUAUGUUGUUUGUGAGCUGCUCCACUGAAUUAGUCCUCUGUGUGUGUGUGUGUGUGUGUGUGUGUGUGUGUGUGUGUGUGUGUGUGGUGUUUUUUUUCCUGGCCACUUAUAUAGGACCAUAAGUAAACUUGGCUUUGACUGCAUGAGAUCCCCCUAUCUGGUCUCACCCAGUCCUCUGCAUCCCGACAUUCCCAGGACAUGCACGAUCACCAGCAUUUAUUUUGAUGAUUUGAGGGUAUGCCCCAACUUGUGGUAUCCCAGCCCUGUCCUGUAUAGACAAGGGGCAUCCACAGAACCAUUCAGCUCAAUAAGUCUGGGAAUCAUUAUUAGUUUGAGUCAAUACAUCAUAUAGCUCUGUCCAUAUUCCUGGAGAUAAAAUUGAGCGUGGCCCCAAAGAUAUUCCUCAGUAGAUUCUGACCAUCACUACCACAUAGGACUACCCAGUGCUACUGGGAAGGCUUGUCCAAGUGACAGAGACUGAUUUCAGACCAACCUAUUUAUUAUAAAAGUCUCAUAGUGUCUGAACGAUUGUCCCCCACCCCUUUGUAUAUUUGUACAGAUGUUUGAGCUGUGCUUUUAAAAUCUGGAUGUUUUUUAUUUAGUGAUUGUUCAACCAUUAGCUGCUUAAUGACAUCAUACCUGUGUUGCUUCUGAAUGCAUUCUGAUUCUAAUGUAGAUAAUUGGUACUAUUACACACUAUUACGGUUUGUGCUAAGUUGUAAAAUGGUACAGCAAUGUCUCAUGCCAAUAGAUAACUGACUAGCCAAUCUCUUUGCUGUCCAGAUCACCUGUUUUCAAACAAAGAUCCAAGUAUCAGUUAUAAGCAACUUGGGUGACGCUAAAUCCAAGAACGUUACAGCUGAGCAUUUCAGAGCACAAAGGAUGAUGGGUAAACAGAUGCCCCGCCCAUUCAUCCAAUGCCCAUGUGCUCAAAAGUUCCUUGUUUUUGUUACAUGUGACUUUUGUAUUUCUCUAGCCCAAAGUGCAUUACAGAAGAUACACCUGCAGAACCAUAUUUUCUGCUCCAUGUGUCAAGCCUCAUCUAUUCCUGUUCAUUAACUAGUAACUUUGGAUGCAAAUACCAUUUACCACACAACAGGCUAGGACUUUCAUGACCUAAGCCUCAGAAUAACACACAAGAACACUAACACAGCCACCUGAUGGGGGGGGAUUAUUGUGGUUUUUUGAUUAAGGUGUAAUGUUAGUUUCAGCAGAAACUUCAAACUUAGACUGAUCACUCAGAAAAUUAAAGUCCGUUCUACUGUGAAAUAUAGCAAUAUAGUGCCGGACACGGUACAGUGCGGUUGAGACUGAGGACAGUAUUGCUUGUGGAGUUUCCACGGGGAAAACAAGUAUCCUUUUCAAAAUCAGAUCUGAGGAGUGUACAAUAAGCAAAGGCUUUGACUUUCCUUUGUUGUGGAAGGUUUUGGUUUUUUUCAUUGGCCAAGGAAAGACUAUAAAUAGUGGCGAGAUGAUGCCCUCUGGUGGCAGAAACGUUGAACUCAGUUGUAUAGAUGGAUAACUUCCAGGGCUGACAUUAACAUUCAGGAUGCAGGUUCGAGAGAGAGAGAGAGAGAGAGAGAGAGAGAGAGAGAGAGAGAGAGAGAGAGAGAGAGAGAGAGAGAGAGAGAGAGAGAGAGAGAGGGAGAUAUCUAAAUGAGGGAAAGCCUUGGAAAUAAUUUGUGCUUCCAAACACUGAUAGCAGAAAUUUCCAGUUUAGUGAAAGUUGACGUGACUAGCUUGCGUAGGCAUUAAGAGCUCAGUGUUAUAGAUGGCCCAGGUGAUUAGUCUUAGUGAACUGUAUUGCCAUAUAUUGAUGUUAACCUGCUGCAGAUCAAGGGAUUCUCGCGCUAGGUUGAGCAUGGGGAGGAGAGAGGGGAAUCUUUCCCCGGAAGGAACGGAGAAGCCACGGGACCUCCCAGCACAGAGAAAGUCGCCUGGACACUUCCAUGAUGCUCAUUAUGCAAACCUCUUUAGCGCUCUUUUAAGUUUGAAAUGUUUUAAAAGGAGGGGAAGGUUUCCACCACUGAAUCAUUUGUGCACGUGUACAGCUCAAAGAGCUUAGAGUUCAAAUAUAUCUGGUGAAUGAA